AGACGCGUGUUUAGCGCAGAUCUCACGCGCCGUACGGAAGUGUGCUCUGGCGCACCGGAAGCGGCCGGAAGAGAGCGAUGGCGGGUUUGACUGUGAGAGACCCUGCGGUGGAUCGUUCUCUGCGUUCGGUGUUCGUGGGGAACAUUCCAUAUGAGGCUACUGAAGAGCAGUUAAAGGACAUCUUUUCUGAGGUUGGACCCGUUGUUAGUUUCAGGUUGGUAUAUGAUAGGGAGACAGGAAAGCCAAAGGGUUAUGGCUUCUGUGAAUACCAAGACCAGGAGACGGCACUUAGUGCCAUGCGAAACCUGAAUGGGCGUGAAUUCAGUGGAAGAGCACUUCGAGUGGACAAUGCUGCCAGUGAAAAGAACAAAGAAGAGCUGAAGAGCCUUGGCACUGGUGCCCCUGUCAUUGAGUCACCUUAUGGAGAGACCAUCAGUCCUGAGGAUGCCCCUGAGUCCAUUAGCAAAGCAGUUGCCAGUCUUCCACCAGAGCAGAUGUUUGAGCUGAUGAAACAAAUGAAGCUCUGUGUCCAGAAUAGUCCUCAGGAAGCACGGAACAUGUUGCUUCAGAACCCUCAACUGGCUUAUGCUUUGCUACAAGCACAGGUAGUGAUGAGAAUUGUGGAUCCAGAGAUUGCCCUGAAAAUUCUGCAUCGUCAGACAAAUAUCCCAACACUGAUUGCAGGCAACCCUCAGCCAGUCCACAGUGCCGGCCCUGGCUCAGGAUCCUCUGUGUCAAUGAGCCAGCAGAAUCCUCAGGCCCCUCAGGCCCAGUCUUUGGGUGGAAUGCAUGUCAACGGUGCACCUCCUCUGAUGCAAGCUUCUAUGCAGGCUGGAGUUCCAGCACCAGGGCAAAUACCAGCAACUGUAACAGGACCUGGCCCUGGUUCCUUAGCUCCUGGAGGAGGAAUGCAAGCCCAGGUUGGAAUGCCAGGAAGUGGACCAGUAUCCAUUGAGCGGGGACAAGGAACCCUACAGCACUCGCCCGUGGGACCCGCCGGGCCUGCAUCAAUUGAGCGAGUUCAAGUGCCAAUGCAGGACCCCAGAGCAGCUAUGCAGCGUGGUCCCUUGCCUGCCAACGUCCCAACUCCUCGAGGUCUACUAGGAGAUGCUCCAAAUGAUCCACGUGGAGGCACUUUACUUUCUGUAACUGGAGAGGUAGAGCCUAGAGGUUAUCUGGGACCACCUCAUCAGGGUCCACCCAUGCACCAUGUCCCUGGUCAUGACAGCCGUGGCCCACCCCCACAUGAAAUGAGGGGAGGGCCAUUAGCUGAGCCCAGACCUCUAAUGGCGGAGCCAAGAGGACCCAUGCUAGAUCAGAGGGGUCCACCGUUGGAUGGCAGAGGCGGAAGAGAUCCCCGAGGCAUAGAUACACGAGGAAUGGAGGCACGAGCCAUGGAGGCUAGAGGAUUAGAUGCCAGAGGAUUGGAGGCCCGUGCUAUGGAAGCCCGAGCGAUGGAGGCCCGUGCGAUGGAGGCCCGUGCGAUGGAGGCCCGUGCAAUGGAAGUCAGAGGGAUAGAAGCCAGAAGUAUGGAUACAAGGGGCCCAGUCCCUGGUCCUAGAGGUCCUAUACCUAGUGGAAUCCAAGGUCCCAGUCCAAUUAACAUGGGGGCAGUUGGCCCCCAGGGAUCCAGACAGGUCCCAGUUAUGCAGGGAGCAGGCAUGCAAGGAGCAAACAUUCAGGGUGGAGGUCAGCCUGGGGGCUUUAGUCCUGGCCAGAACCAGGUCACCCCACAGGACCAUGAGAAGGCUGCUUUGAUCAUGCAGGUUCUUCAACUAACUGCAGACCAGAUCGCCAUGCUGCCUCCUGAGCAGAGGCAGAGUAUCCUGAUCUUAAAGGAACAAAUACAGAAAUCCACUGGAGCACCUUGAAAGGUUUUCAAAAAUACCUGGCAACAAAUCUGGAAAUUAAUUCCAUAACUUUGUUGAAAAUGUUGCAAAAAGAUGACUUCUGCAUCCUAACCCUUGAAUGACUCAAAUUGGUGCCAGGUGGAGGAUUCCCAUCACCUUCUCUCAGAACAAAAUCAGUUCAUUCUGUUGUCUUAGUUUGUAUAUUUUCUGUGACUUGAAAUAAACUUUGAACACAAUUUUAGUAUACUGCAGAUUGAUACACAUGACCUUUUUGCUUUUAAAAAGGUGUACACCAAGGGUGAAACCUUAGAUGUGUUUUCAACCCUUACCACAGUAUUGUACUUUAAUGUUAUAUUGCCAUAGCUCUGUUUUUCCUUUAAGUUAACCACUUAUUCUUCUUGAUGAUAUUUGAGAAUUUCUCAGAAGCAGUGUUUUCUAGAACUUAGUUUUUGCUUUGUUUGCUUCCAGCAGAAAUAAUGCAAUUUGCCCUUUGAGAACUUGCUAGAACUUCUGAGUUUACUGGAAGAAAAUAGCCCAUGCUUAGAGCUGUAAAAUGGCAAGAAGGACAACAAAGCAAAGAGCCUAGCAGAGCAGUGUAUUUAGUGUAGAAAAAUCCAAUUAUCAGAAUGUACUUUUGUUUAUCAGUAGCAGGUUUGUUCACAUUCAUAGUUCAGAAUUAAGACAAAAUGUUGUAUUGGCACUGGUUCAAGUGUGUCAGCAACACAAGAGACUGUUGACAUUUACCUGUCCUAAAACUCUUCAGUCUCAGUAGUCAACCUUGAAAGUUAAAAAAGCCACUAAUUUUUCACAUGUUUGAGAUGAAAUAAAAACUAAAUAGAAAUCAAAUGAACAAAAUACAUUCAUUCUACCUUCUAGAUAAUCACUAACCUACAGUCUUCCUCUAUAACCAAAUUUAUUCUGGGAAAUUAAAACAUAGAAAACCCUGAAACUUUUACAUUCUUCUCAUUUAUUUUAAGAGGACCAAAUGUAGAGCAUAAGUAGUCAGAUUGCCCAUUAGGCCUCCCCCUGCCUGCUUCCUUGCAGAUAGACGUGACCAUAAAUAGUGCCACUAGUUCUAACCUAUGGCUCUUCCAGCCUAGCAUUCUCUCUCUCAUAGUGGCAUUAAGGAGGAACAUGAUUUCUCUCCAUCAGGCCAACCUCAAGAGGUUAAGAGAUGCCUUAAUAAUUAGUAAAGUUCCACUGGAACUACUCUUUGAGCCUAUUUAUAUUCUCAGAAUCCUACCCUCUGGGUUAGGAUUAUGGUUAAGUGAAUUAAAAGCCUGCCAUAGGCUUAGAGAAUGUAAUAGCAUAUUGCUUACACGUCAAGCAAAAGAAUGCAAUGAUAAUCAACUUUAUGAGAGACACUGAAAUUGAGGGAUUUUCUACUCUGAUGUGUAAACAUUUACUACAACAAAAGUUUGCUGAAUAAAAUAUUUCAUAUUACAACUUAGGAAGAAAAACUUGCUCAAAACAGCUAAAGAGAUUUCUAGGUAUCCUGCUCAUCCCCAAUUUGGGCUUGGAUGUUGAUUAUACAUAGGAUUAUUAUCAUUACCUUUUCUGCCUACUUCCAUGAAUAUUCUAGGCCUUAUUGUGUUGAUUUUAGCAGCAAUCAUAUCUUGAAGAGUCAAUAUAUUUAGACAUUGAAAUCAAGAGUGAAGCCUUUCUCAUUAGGGACUCCUAAGUUUCAAGGAACACUAAGAUUCCAAAUCAAAGUCAAUGAAGAUCAAAUUAUCAUAUGGUCAGCAGUUGUCUAAGAGGAACCACAUCACCAAGGUUCCAUUGUGCAUUUUCCUAAAUCAUUACUAAGUUUAAUUUAGAUAGCUGAAAUCCAGGAAGUCAAUAGUAGGGGUAUCCCACUCAAUUCCUAUGGAAAUACCCAUUACUAGUUUUUCCUGAUGUCCAAUUAAUAAAUGAAACACAAUUAGCUAUCAUGAGCCCAUGAUAGCCUUUAUUUUGUUCAGACUACUGAAAAUGGAUCUUAUCCUUUAAGUCAUAAAAUCUUCUGGGUACUUAGAAAUGACCGUUUAUUCAUUUUUGGACACUUAAUGGUAGAGAAAUAGGUGCUAUAAUGCUGAUUUAGUAGGAACAUUCUUACAAAUCUGAGUUGAAUUGUCUUUUGGGGUAAUGAAGUGUGGGCCUCUUUUAAGGGCCCCAGUCUUUGCUUCUACUAAUUCACUGUGACUACUAACAUCCCAGAGCUGGGUGGAUGGCAGAAAUAAAAAGCAUUCUGAUAGGAGAAAAGACAUUUUGCUUAUGUCAUUAGGUGAAUGAUUCCUUAAUAAAUAGGGAAGAGCCAAAACAUGGUAUCAAACUUCUAAAUUAUUUUUUUUUUUAAACUAAAUGUUGCUAAACCACCCCCCUUCAUAAAAAAUGGCAAUAAAGAGCCCCGGUUAAGUCACCCUAAAAUGGAGUUCAAGUUUUUGCAGUUAUUUCCAACAGAACAAUGCAAGCUAAUGACAAUAUAGCUUUAAAUUAAAAUAUAAUUUCAAUUACAAUUAGCAUAGUUACAAGAUUUUCUUUCCCCAAUGGAGAGCCUAAAGUAAUGAGUCAUUCAUUAAGAGAUAAAGUAAUAAAAGAUUCAUUAAGAGGAAAAUCAUUUCACAAGCAAAAACAAAGCAUAAAUUGCUAGUCACACUGGAUAAGACCGUGUUUAAAAUAACAGUAAGAAUGUACAUAGUGUUAUAUAGGGAUGGGGUUCUUGGUGAUUUUAUGUUCAUUGCUUUAUUAUUUAUGCUUAUUAUGUUUUGUCAUUAUUCAAUAAAUUUUUUAUUUAAAAAAUAA